AUGUUCCGAGAAACGAUCGAACUUUUGGAAGAUAGAAUUCGAAUCAUUGAUUUCUCAUUUGAACCUUGGAAUGUUGACGGGGGAAAUUUCAUCCUGCUCGAUUUCUCCAAGAAGGCACCACCAUUGUCAUUGGCAAAACCGUCAAUUCCAGCGUUAAAGCGUUCACAGUCAACGAUCUACCUUAAGUGGGCUUUAGAGAAGUUGGCCGUUUCCAAGACUCCUGAAGCGAGUGACCAGGAAACUCAGUCCCCAAGCUCGGUUUCGGUUGUUCACGAUCCUACCAUUUGCCCUAUCCCCCAGAGGGAGUGUCAUGAAGAUGCGGCCCUCUACAUCUCCCUCUGCAAGAUGAGGUGGAUGGGGACUCAAUAUUCGGAAGCUGACCGAGCUGAAGCUACGGCAGCGACAUUACUAGUUGGCCUUAAAGGCCAAGGACGUCUAUUUGCCGACGUGCAAAGCGAAGAAGACCGUAUAAACAUCGCAGUGAUGAGUGCAAAGUUGAUUGCGAGAUUUCAUCGGGAGGAUCGAACCCUCCAUACUUUAGAAAUUUGUAGCCAAGUGGCUGAGAUCAAGCAGAACAUAGAUGAGACGAUGGAUUUCUACAAGUAG